CUCUUUUCUCUGUGAAUGUUAAAGUUGCUGGCCUGUGGGAAGCUUCCCGCCCCUCUCCAGCGAGCAUGCUGGGAUGUGUGUGUAGUCACACACUCACGCGAACACAAACACACUCACUCACUCACACACUCUGUAGGCGCGAGUGAAUAGAUCGCGUGUGUGUUGCGGCGUCGCACAGGAACUCAACAGGAGCUCGACCUUGACAGACUGAGAGACCACCACUACCACCACCAUCAUCAUCAUCAUCCUCCUCCUCAUCCUCAUCCUCGGCGCGAGCUCCAGUUCAGCGCGCGUGAAGCCCAGCUGGCACUUCCUGGGGUGUAAGGGACUGCUGCUGUCACGAUGGACGCCCAAUCACAAGGCCAGCAGCCACCGGUGCCAGUGUUUCAGCCACAGAAAAUCCAACAGGAUAUGGGCUAUAACAAUUUAGCCAAUUUUCACAUUGAAAAAAAGAUUGGAAGAGGACAGUUCAGCGAGGUUUAUCGAGCUACAUACAUGCUAGACCAUACACCGGUAGCUUUGAAAAAAGUGCAGGUAAGAACUUUUCAUGCUGUUUGUCUUUAUUUGUCUGCCAUUUUCCUCUGUCCCUCUUCUACACAGCAAUUGAACCACCCCAAUGUAAUUAAAUACCACGCGUCAUUCAUUGAAGAGAAUGAGCUAAAUAUAGUACUGGAACUCGCAGACGCCGGGGACCUCUCACAAAUGAUAAAGCAUUUCAAGAAACAAAGACGGCUGAUUCCUGAGAAGACGGUAUGGAAGUACUUUGUUCAGCUGUGUAGCGCACUGGAGCACAUGCACUCCCGCCGUGUCAUGCACAGAGACAUUAAACCCGCUAAUGUCUUCAUCACAGCCACUGGAGUGGUGAAACUGGGUGACUUAGGCUUGGGACGCUUCUUCAGUUCCAAAACAACCGCAGCUCAUUCUCUUGUGGGCACCCCAUAUUACAUGUCUCCCGAGCGAAUACACGAAAACGGAUAUAACUUCAAAUCUGACAUCUGGUCGCUAGGCUGCCUGCUCUAUGAGAUGGCCGCCUUGCAGAGUCCAUUCUACGGGGACAAAAUGAACCUCUACUCUCUGUGUAAAAAGAUUGAGCAGUGUGACUACCCACCACUACCGUCUGACCAUUACUCUGAGAAGAGCUGAGAAAACUGGUAGAUAUGUGAUCG